AUGUUUUUAAAUAAUGGGCUGCGAUACGCCCAUACGCACAUGGUUGUAAGAAGGGCGUUUCUCCCUCUUUGUCCUGUCAAAAAUGUUCGUGGUAUUAUUUAAUUUUGGACCAUGAAACUAUACCAAGUAUUGCUUUCUAAGUUACUGCUUUGAGUGUUAUUUCAGUUUAAACAUAGUAAUUGACUUGAAAAAAUAUUUAUUCUUUGUGAAUGGAAGCAAGUUCAUCUUCUCGUGAGAGGGUAGAUUCAAACUCUGCCCUCUCGGGUGGGCAAAGUGGCUCAAGUUCCAAAUGUUUGCCUCAUAGUUUGCGAAAUAAACUUGCGAAAGGUGUGAGUAGUUUGAAGCCAGCCAAGCAAAGUAGUGGCAAGAAAGACAAGACCAAAAUAUCACCAAAGGUACCACGAGCGUUUGGCUGCGGGGGCAGUCGCGAGAGCAAAGAGGAGCCAGAGACGGAUGACAGGCCACGAAGGAGCGUGGAGCCAUCGAAAAUGAAAGUUCGAACGAGCGAAGAAGCAGAGGCCAGCAGCCUUCCCAAGCAGACGAAGAUCGGUGUGGCGAUGAGGUCUGAUCACCAGAGCCAUUUGAAACAGCGUAGCACAGGUCCCACCGGAAGGUCGACAAGCAAUGUCGCGGAUGCCUCCCCACGGUCCUCUCUGACGUCUUCCAGCAUGGGAUCAUGCGGCGGGAGCAGCAUCCCCAAACCCACCGCAGCAGUGAAAGGUACCAGCAAAAUGGUUAAGGACGACCGCCAGGUGCCGAGUCCCGUCAAGAUCGUGCCCCACAGAUCGGCGGGCGUGGACGGAGGCGGCACACGUCAGUCCGGUGGCAUGAUCAGUGUGGCGCUGGUCUCACCGAUGCCAAAUUUGAUGAGCGAUUCUAACUACCCACAGCAUUGUCGGCAAGUCAAUAGGAAUGCCAUGAUGAAUGCUAAUGUGCAGCAAAAGACUGACAUGAACAACGAAAUUACCAAAAAUUCACCACGAAAAAUUGAAACUACAUUUGACAACUUAGAUAAGGUUAUUACAUACGAAGCACAGCCAGUUCAGUCGAGAGAAACAACCUUCGGGGAAGAUGAUACCAUAAUGAACGUAAAGCCAAUGCAGCCUUUGCUGCGAGGUUAUACGAGAGUUCUGGGGUUGUCUGGUUCACACAUUGUGCCUUCAGGUUUCCAUGAUCGUACACGGAGAUGUAUAAGUCAUUCUAAACAGCUGGAUUAUUCAUUUGAUGGGAAGAGAGGUGUUGGUGAUGGAGGUUACAGAGACCCUGAGAGAGAUGGAGAAAUGAUGACAGGUUACAUGUCAGAUGGUGACAUGCUUAGAACACGAACUAUUUCCGACACUUGCGACGGGUACUUGUCCGAAGGAGGAGCGCCGUUGUACAUGCAGCGCUUCCAUAACCACCCUAACAACUUGGACAUAAGAAAUUCUGAUUUGUCUUCUAUUGCGGAGGGCAAAGGGGAAUUUGUAACGAGAAGAACUACUCCAAGACUGAAGCCACGAACACGUGGAGACGAAACUAAGUUGGGCCCAAGUAGCACAUCUGCUCCAGGAGCUGAUUCAUGCGGUGCUGAGAACACUCAUCCUUCACAGCUGCAUAAGAGGCUGGUGCAAGGAAGUCCGGGAGCGAGCGAGCGGCCGGGCGCCGCGCACAAGGCGCAGGCCACUUUCGGCCCGUCGGAGGUGCCCCAGGUGGUGUACAGGGUGGUGGGGACGCGCUCUCAGGUGAAGAAGGCCGACAGCAGUCAGCAGACCGACAGCGCUGCUUACAGGCAGUGGAAGAAGCAUGGUGAGGGGGGAAGUGGUGUUCGGACAUCCGAAGCUCAACGCGGCAAACCAGAAUUGGAUGUGGUGAAGCCUCGAGACAAGCGAGGCGUGGGCUCCAUUUCUGUCGCAAGUGUUGGCAGCAAUGGGCAGGUCCGCAAGCCUGACAAGAACACGGCCGACAGGCAGAAGAAAAUGGGGGUGAAAGAUGAUGCUGGGGGCACUUGCAAGGAGCAGUCUUGUGGUGACAAGCCACCCAAGAGCGACCGCUCAUCUCCUCACGGUUCCUCCGUCGCCCGCUCCAACGGAGACGGCAAGAGCAAAGUGCGAGGGGUCCCCCAGAGCUUUGGCUAUGUGAAGCGGCCCACGAAUGGCUGUGGUGGUGGCAGUAGCAGUGGCAGCAAGAGCGAGCUGCGCACUGCGCAGGUCUCUGCGGUGCCGCGCACCAAGCUCAAGGUGUCUGGGGGAACGCAGACUUGCACCACCGACCUUCACCACCACCACCACUAUAAGUCAUAUUCCUUGACAGGGCCAUCAGCAAGCCAGCUGUCCCAGAAUGUGCGGGACCGCCUGCUGCUGGGGUCCCAGUCCCUGCUCAAGCCGGGGCCUGGCGGGGACUAUGCUGGCUUCUACUACCGAGGCCAGCCUCGGGUGAUGAAGCCCACGGAUGGCUCUCUCUCCGACACGACCUACUCCAACUAUGCGGACGUUCAGAACUACUAUGCCAACAGUAGUCCCUACAGCUCCUGGCUGCGACACAGUGCGACCUACACUGCCUCCUUGCCCACCAGAGCCAGCUCAGGUGGGCUGGCGGAGGCAGACAGCGUGGAGUCUCUGUGCUCCUUGCCGGCGCAGCUGCAGCAUCGCGCCAGCCUCACCCACGCCAGGCUGCUCGUGCACCAGCGGGAGAGCAGCGCCUCCCCGGGACCUCGCCUCAACCGCAGCAGCAGCAUCAGUCUGUUCAGGUCAACAAAAUCAGAAAAGAUGUACCCAUCGAUGCUGCAACGCUCUGAGGAGAUGGACGUGUAUUACGGGAUCCCCCUGCACACAAUGACCGUGGGUCACUGCAAUAACCAGCACACGUCGCAGCCCACCAGCCCCACCCCCAGCCAGGUGUCUCAGAACACUGCUGCUUCCAGGUUUAACAAUCCAAUGUCACCGAUCACCUCAUCAGCUUCCACUCAUGGCUUGAGUCGGGCUGGCUAUACUACUUAUUCCGGCAUGCUUUCCAAAGCUAACUCAAAGGAUGAUGAAGUUCAUGGCUCAUCUGUCAGCCUGGUCUCCACGGCAUCGUCUCUGUACAGCACGCCAGAAGAGAAGCAGGCUCAUGAAAUACGAAAGCUUCGGAGAGAACUGCAAGAUGCCCAGGAGAAAGUGCACACUUUGACCAAUCAACUCUCCACAAACGCUCAUGUUGUGUCAGCAUUUGAGCAGUCUCUCUCUAACAUGACCCAGCGAUUGCAGCAUCUCACGUCAACUGCCGAGAGGAAGGACUCUGAAUUGUUGGAACUGCGACAGACGAUAGAACUUCUGAAGAAGCAAAGUGUGGAGGCAGGUCUGACAUCCGCUCACAUUCAGAGCAUGUCUCCUUCACUGGCAAGGCGACACACCAUAAACACCAGUGGCACUGUUACGUCAGAUGGCAGUACUAAUAAUGGGAACAUGUUCCGCCAACUGUCCGCAGACUCGGUUUCAAGUAUUAACUCGCUGUCCUCCGUGUGUAGUCUCACCAGUACCCCACAAGCACUAGACAUUUCAUCUGCCUACAAGAAAAAGAAAAAGGGUUGGCUACGGAGCUCAUUCAGCAAAGCGUUUUCGAGGUCCAAGAAGAACAAGAAUGGUUCUGUAUCUGACGUGGAAGACUCUCGUGCGCUGAACUCGGAUAUCUCAGCCCCCUCUUCUCCCUUGCUCAACAACCCGCACCACAUCAAUGGGCCUCAGAUCAAAGGCAGUCAGUCUUCUUCUGCGAUUUAUGAGAAAGAUGCAAAUGAUACAAAGAAGACAGACAUGGUAGAAGAACUAAAGAAGCAAUUAAGAGAGAAGGAUUUGGUUCUCACUGACAUUCGUCUGGAAGCUUUAAGUUCUGCUCACCAGUUGGAAUCCCUCAAAGAGACUGUCAUAAAAAUGAGGAAUGAAAUGCUGAACCUAAAGCAAGAUAACGAGCGACUUCAGAGGAUUGUAACCAGCAAGUCUUUGACUUCAUCUCAGAGCUCUCUGCCUCACACGGACAGUUUGGAGAGGAGGUUCAGCAUGACAGAUAACCCCAUGCUACCUGUUUCAGACUCUGAUGGGAAGCGAGUCAUGGUGUCUGUGCUGUUGGGCUCUCACGGCAGUUAUCAGAAGUACAUGGAGGAGAAGGGUUACCAAUCGGAGUGCAUGAUUGCAUCAAUGUCCCUCGGCUCGAAGACCAAGUGGGACAUGCUGGACUGUCAUAUCAGAAGACUGUUCAAGGAGUACGUCCUUCAUGUGGACCCAGCUUCUAAUCUGGGGCUGAAUGCUGAGUCCAUAUGGAGCUACCACGUGGGUGAAGUGGUGCGCUACAAAGAGAGCCCGGCGCCAGAGCUGUUGCCCUGCGGCUACAUCGUCGGGGACACGCAGCACAUAUACAUCUGCCUUAAAGGGGCAGUCCACAGCGGCAGCCUCGAUGCACUGUCCUUCGAAACAUUGAUACCAAAGUCUAUCGCCCAGAGGUACAUAUCACUGCUGAGCGAGCACCGAAGGAUAAUCCUGUGUGGUCCGAGUGGAACUGGGAAGUCUUACCUGGCCAACAAGCUGGCGGAGUUCCUGGUGCUUCGUGAUGGCAAGGAAUCCACAGCAGAGUCGAUAGCCACGUUCAAUGUUGACCACAAGAGCAGCAAAGAGCUGCGACAGUACCUUACGAACGUAGCAGAGCAGUGCGAGAGCUCAGCUUCGGACCUGCCGUCAGUGAUAAUCCUGGACAACCUACACCACGCUGCCUCUCUGGGAGAAGUGUUCAACGGCCUCUUGAACGCCAAGUAUGCCAAGUGUCCCUACAUUAUAGGCACCAUGAACCAGGCCACCUGCUCAACCACCAACCUGCAGCUUCAUCACAAUUUCAGGUGGGUGCUGUGUGCCAACCACAUGGAGCCUGUGAAAGGCUUCCUGGGGAGGUACUUGCGCAGGCGUCUUCUCGAGUCUGAGGUGCAGCACGGCUCUCGCAGUCUUGACAUGGCGCGCAUCCUCGACUGGAUCCCUCGUUGUUGGCAGCACCUCAACAAGUUCCUAGAGACCCACAGCUCGUCGGACGUCACAAUAGGUCCUCGGCUGUUCCUUUCGUGUCCCAACGACCCGGAUGGUUCCCAAGUGUGGUUCACGGACCUGUGGAACUACUCGGUGGUGCCGUACUUGAUGGAAGCCGUUCGAGAAGGACUGCAACUGUACGGCCGCCGUGCGCAAUGGGAGGACCCUACCCAGUUCAUCUACCAGACGUAUCCGUGGACCAACGAUGCUGUGCACGGCGGGAAGGAAGCAUUGCUGAGGCUUCGACCUGAGGAUGUGGGCUACGACGUGCAGCAGUGUGGAGGCGUGGGCGGCAGCAGCACCAAGACCAUGAGCUCCACGCAGAGCGACACUGAUGGAGAUCCACUCCUGAACAUGCUGAUGCGACUCCAGGAAGCAGCAAAUUAUUCCAGUCCGCACAGCAACGACUCUGACUCGAUUAGUCUCGACUCGCACUCAUCAGGUGGCCACCUGGAGGAAAAAGUGAGCUCAAAAGUGGAGUCGACGCUCUGAUACAAUGUCAAGGCUUCAGAAAUGCUGUCCUGAAGCUCACAAGUUAUAAGGAAAUAACUUGUCCACACAUUGUGCUUUGUUACUCUGGUACUCUCAUGUGCAUCAUCACCUUCUUAGCUGGAAAAUGAUUUCCUUUCAAUAAAUGCAUUAGCUGUGCCUUCUGCUUGGAAUGUUACGUAUUUAUGAUGCAUUUUAUCUCCACAGUGAAGCAAAAUAUCGUAAUGGUGACACUUGAAGCUAUCCAAGAAAAUACGUAGUCAAGUGGUAAUGCACAUGUUGAGUAUUGAUUAAUAUUUUUCUCUAUAAAAAAACUCAUUUCCACCCAAUGCCUUCAUAUUAAUAUUUCAGGACCAUUCUAUUUUUUUUGUAUGGUUACCCUAAUGAACUACAUCUAAAAUAUUGUAAAACUACUAAGAAUUUACUUAAGGAACUUAACAAAUUUUAGCUUAUUAACAAAUAAAAGUUCUUAAACAUGUCAAAUCAUAUGUGUUUAUAGAUGAGUUAAAAUUUUUGAGCUUUUUAGGGAAGAAAACUCCUAAACUGGGAGUUAAUUAUUGCUGGAAAAUAAAUACCAGUUUAAAUUUUGAUGGAUUUUUUUGACUAAUAGAAAAUAGCCAUGGUUAAAAAGAAAAAGUUAUUUGGUUUUGUGUUGCAGUGUCGUAAGACGUAGUGGGUGUGCGUGGUACAUCAGACCAUUAUCACCACACACCAUAACAUUAGAGCUGGUUUGUACAAAGAUGCACCUAAGCCUUACUUCAUCACAUGUUUAAAUGUAGUUUGUAACACAUUCCUUAUUGAUGUGGAAACCAUUAAACAAUUGCUGCAGAAAAAAAUAUUAAGUUUGAACUGGUUUUUGUGUGCAAACUUCGUGCUGCAUUCUUUAUUAGGUGUGUGUGUUCGGCCAUCUGUCUCUGCUUUAUCUUGUAUUGAAUAUUAACAGCAAGUGUCUUUAGUUUAGUUUUUCAAACUUUAUAUCUGUUCACAAAUUUUUACAAUUUGAGGAGUCAGAACUUCACAGAGUACCAGAGCACAUUGUGAACUGGGUAUCAGACUAUUAAUUGCCAGUGCCAAAGAAUCUAGGUAUUAGUAAAUUAUGGUGGGAAAGACAUAAGUAGUUAUUUCAUUAUUUUAGAUAUUUGUCAGUGCCUUAUUGUAUGAUUUUAUUACUCUAUUGUACAGUUAUGGUUGAUAACUAUAAAGUGUCUGUUAUUGGAUUUAAAAUAAAGUAUAUUGUCUGACUGACUUUUAAGGCAGUAAAACAUUUAUAAGGUUUUAAUUUCUCUCUUUUCUUUUUGAUGCUUACUUUAUAAGAAAUUGCAAUUGUUAAAUUCUAAAUUACAUUAUGUUUUGCUUUCAUACACUAUAGUAUUUCAUAUAGCAUUAAUUUUGUAAUAAUUGGAUUAGCGCGUGUGUAUCACCAAUCAGAUUCCAUCCAUAGUUCUUGUAUGUGACACAGAUUUUAUUAUUUUGUUUUAUGUGUUUUUAAAAAUUUGUUCCACCUGAGUCAUGUGUCAACAUUUCAUGCACAGUUUAUUAGAAGGAGAUAGUAGAUAGUUGAUAGUUCACCUGUAAACAGUUAGAUUAUAAGAGUAUAUAAUUCACCUAAUUGAUGCUGAUGUAGAAAGUUUAUAAUGGAAAGUAAACUUAAUAGCUUCUAGAUAGAUGGAACUUUUAUGUGAAGAGAUUAAAAUUUGUCAGAGCUAACCAAAGUACAUAAAACAUAAUGAGAGGCUGACACUAUUAUGUAAGGGGACAUGAGUUUGAUGUGGUAUUUUCCACACACAUUCGUGAUAUAUUAAUAGGAACUGAAAUUUUAUAAGUGGCAGUGUUGUAGUUUCAUACUGCUUCAUCGCAGUGUGUAAAUCUCUAAUGGUUGUGGAUAAUUUUUUGAAGUUUGUAUAACAAUUUAACAAAGGUUGUUUAAGUGUGUUAAUUUUUUGAUAUUAUUUUGGAAGUAACUAGCUCAAAUGUGGAGCCUUCUCUGUUGACUCUAGAGUACAUCUUUUAUACCGUAUACACUUGUGCAAGUGUCCGUACUGUAUCUGUAACCUGUAACUAUAGCAUUUGUAUUCUACAGAAAUCUCAAGUUUUAUGGUAACAUGUAUGUAAAUAGCCAGUAAUUAUGUUCUUGUAAUGGUGCCAAAAAAUUUACUUUCAAACAUUAAAAUUUAAAAUUCAGCAAAUUUUUUUUUUAGAACCCUAAAAUAUCAUUUGAAUAUGUGAUUGUAUCUUGCUUUUUUAUGGUAUGGUUUGUACACUAAGUUAGAAGCAGCAGUUAGAGGUGUCAUCAGUUAUGGUGAAAGCACUGACCACAGUGUGUGACUUUAAUCAGUAUUCAUCAGACUCCACUCUUAAUGCCUUAGUAGUAGUUAAGUUUUCUCUUCCUGUGUGUGUGAACUGUGAAUGUCAUUCAUUGUGCAUUAGCAGAGACAAGAUUUUAUGGUUUUAUUUUCAGGCCAUAUUUUUUUUAAAAACAGGUUUUGGAAUUAUUGUUUUUAUUUUUUAUAAAAUCUUUUUAUUAAAAUAAUAUAUAUCAUUCAAGGAAAUUGUUACUUUAAUGUUCCUUGAUAUUAAUUUCUCCAAAAAGUUUAAUUUUGACCGAAAAAUGAUGCACAUUCUCAAUAUAAUGUUUAGUAGUAAUAAAAUAAGCAUGUCUAAUGUUUUGAAACAAAUAAAAAAAAAAAUCUUAAGUAUUUUUGUAUUUGAAAAUUUUUCUAAGGUUGUAAUGUAAAUAUGAGUAAAAAAAAACAGUUGCAAGAUUGUAAAAAAGUAAACUUUUUCCAAUCUUUUUUUUUAUUAAAUUGAUGUACGAACGUCAUACUAAAUAAAUUACUUUAAUUUAAUUUAAAAUUUGAAAGGUUAGAUAGCUGUCAUUAGCAUUACGUUUUUAUUCAAAAUGCUGAUUAGUUUCAAGAUUUUAAUUGCAUUUUGGUGCUUUGUGGUGAAUUUCGGUGUUAUGUGGUAUAUUGACAUGCUUUUUAUUUCAUUUCAUUUUAUUUUGUCCAGUAAAUACAGUACAGUAGAACCCCGAUUUAACGAAGUGCUAUGGUUACCGAAAAUGUUUACUCUAAAUCGAUGUUUCGUUAAAUCCGAUUUACCGAUUUUUAAUGACCCCCCGCACCCAUAAUCGCGUCCCUACGUUUCCAUAUCGUAGACAGGGUCGACGCUGAUAUCUUGUGCUGCCGUGCUAUCUCAGACUUUGUCAACUUUCCAUCUUAAACGUUUUUGAUCUCGCUCGUACGGCCCCCGGUUCGUACGUACACCUCAGUCGUACGUACAUAUUUUCAGAAACCGUGAAAAAUUGGGCAAAAAAAUAUGAAAAGUGUAAGAAAUACAUUAAAGUUUAUUAAAAUAAAGUCGCAACCUGCAGCGUUUAUAACAUAUACGAGCUACAUACACAUUGCGUCACAGUAAAAUAUUUAAAAAAAAUGGCCGCACAUUGAUGGAAAUUUACCGCCCAUAGCGCGCCGUACGCGGAGAAAGGUAAUUAAUUGUACGCGGUCAGCUGUUGUUACGGCGCGGCGUAGCCGCCGGCGGGCUCUCUCUGUUCGCUGAGCUGCGCAUGCGCAGUAUAACUCACUCAACACACCGCCCAGACUCGUGACCUUCCAUCAGCAGCCAGCCAAUAGACGCGAGCUUAGCGGGAAAAAAAAUAAAAGCUCCACCGCCUGUGUCCCAGUUUUGUCCAGUUCUAAUACCAGUAACAUAAACGAAUCGUAAAAAAAACGUAACAAAGCCGAUAUCCAAAAACAGUAAAUAAAGUCAUGUACAGUAGAAUCCCGCCGAUGCACGCGGCAGUGUCUAGCCGAGCUCGGCGCGUCCACUAUCGCACGAAAAGCCGUCUCAGCUGUCAUGUUAUCUUACCCGCCCGCACGAAAAGCUGCUGUGGUAGCUUCUGCGAGAGCGUAAGAAACUCGUCCGGCCAGGCUGGCGGUAGCGGCGGUUUGACGUCAUACGUAACGUGAUGCUUACCUCUCCCAUCCCCUGCUAAUUCUUCAAGGCUCAUCCCUCCCAGAGCCACAAACCAUGUAAAAACACCCCCUCCCCUUUUACCAAUUAACAUUUCAACACAUUCCCUCCCUUAUUUCAACCUUCUGCGUGAGAAACUGUCAGCAUCCUCCUCCCCUCCCACACAGCGUGCGACAAAAGCCAGGUUGUAUAGUCCAUUCUCGGUAAAAUAAAUAUAUUUAAGUGCUUAUACGACUGUCCUUCGCCAUUAAUAAAUACUUUAUAAGUUUAAGUUAUUAUGAUAAAAAAAAUUAUUAGUCACACAGCAGUUUCUGCUGAAAAAUUACUGAUACCUUUAUUGAAUAGAAACAUUUAGCAGGGCCGUAAUUAUAUUUAUUUUAAUGCAUAGUUACUUUUACAUCUGUAUUCCAACUUUUUUUUUUUUUUUUUUUUUUUACGCUGCGAAGAGACGUGGAAAAGAUAAUUGCUUGAGCUGUCAAAAUAAACAUCGCUGACGGCAAAGCCGGGAGCGCAUCCUGUCGGUCUGUCGCUGUGAUUAUCUACUCCAAAAACAUGUCACAGCAUUUCAGGAUAGCAUUGUUUUUAUAUCUUUCGUUUAUAGCCGAAUGUUUUCUACCUGAUCCACACAAGUUCCUUUGAAACGUUUUGAACGAAAAUAAUCAGCCGGCUAGCAUAGCCGAACUCGCGUGACGCGAAUUCAUUUAGCGCGAGUAUUUUAUGUAUUUGGAUAUAUUUGGGGGGAGGAGGGGGGGGGGAGUAAGAAUUGGCCCGAAAUCUCUAUUGCGACCAUUCCAUUUAUAAGUCCGUUUUUUCCGGAAACCGUGAGUGCUCGCAUCAACGGGAUUCUACUGUACCAAUUAAAAAGCUAAGCAGGUCGUCAACAGGCAGUGAAGUCAAUUCCAAUCGCAAUCUGUAGUCAAAAUCCAAGAAGAAAAGCAAAAAAUCGAAGUCCGAACAGCACUUAUAAAAAAUGCAUUCCAAACACUAAACACCGCGCACAAAGCUCUUGCUGAGAAUAAUGAUAAUGGCGUAUUGGUGUGACGUGGUCACAAGUUGAAAAAACCUGGAGGAUGGGAAAGGGAAUAUUUGGAAACGUGUGAUUAUUGGCUAGCACUGUUACUAUGCGGGCGUGAUUGAAAGAUAACGUGGUGAGUCAAGCCAGUGAUAAGGGAUGGGGAGGGGGAGGGGGAUGCGGACAAAGAAACCCUUCAUGACGUCAUGUGUCGCGGACAGUCUAUCUAUCCAGGCGCACGCAAUGGCACGCACCUACGCAAUUCAGUUACAGCGCCCGGAGUUUUUAAGCAAUUUGAACAAUUUUUUUAUAUUUUUUCUUGUUUGGACAGAUGAUGCAAAGGCACAUAUUAAUAUAUAGUACCUCCAUUCUAUUACUGACACCACAGAGUGUAUUUUUUAAUAAGUUUCUGUUACAAUUUACUUUCAUUUUUUGGAAAUCUAUAUUAUUAUUUUAAUAAAUUGGUGUUUUUUGAUGGUUCCUAGAAACCUUUACGUUAAAUCGCUGUUUUCGUUAAAUCCGAGUUCGCAAAAUCGGGGUUCUACUGUAUAUAUGUUUUGCACAUCACCGUAUUGUCUGUGUUAUUUUGGUUUUAUCGCAAUAUUCACCAUAUAAUCUUGUCCCUAUGCAUUAUGUAUUAGCUUGCAGUUGGUUCCUUCUAUCACUUGUUUGUCUUAUUAUUAUGUGCAUGUUACAAUGUAUACACAGUUAAUCUUCUCAUUUUACUCAAAAUGUCAACCAAUUAAAUUUAAUUAUUUAAUUAAAUUUGAAUUAACAUUUCAUUUUUAUUAUGUUUUCUUCCUAUUCCCAUCAGAUCUAUGUAGUCGUACUUUUAUUCACCUAAGUACCAAAAGAGUAGUUUUCACACCAGUUUUGUGUCAACUCCUUUGUGUUGAAGCAAAAUGUGAUUUACGUAACUAGUGCGAGAAUGUAUGCCUUACAUAAUUAUCGGUUUAUGGAAUAUAUAAUGAAAACAGAUAGUUUAAAUAUUUCCAAUUAAAACUUUUUUUUGGUAAAUAUUUGGGCUCUUUUUUUUUUUUUAAAUUUAAUAUUAGUAGUAAAAUCAUCAGAGCUUAUUCACAUUUUGCCUCACAGCUACUAUAACUUUUCAAGGUUCAUGAUUAUUUUUCAUUAUUUUUCAUUAUUUUUCACAUUGCUUUAUUCAUGACUCAUGAUUCUUCACUUUCGAUUUCUGUUUUCAUCUUUCAAGCUGUUGUACAAGAUAAGCUUUAAGAUUUUUCAUGUAGAAAACAUAGGCUUUGUCUUUUGAAACUACUGUUCCAUCUCAUGCCUGCUAGUCAUUAAUUUUUAAUAAUUUUACAGAAUGGUGCUGCCAUUUGUAAAGUUGUGAGAGUUAAAUUAUUGUAUGUAGGACAACUGUAGCUACUGCUUUUAACUGUCCUUGUUACUUAUGUAUUUAAUACAUUAAUGUGCUUUAAUUUUUUUUGUUGUCCAUAUUUAUAUACCAUAGUAUAAAUAAUUUUGUUACUUUUUUACUUGAAUGGUAACUUAUUUAAUAUGUAUUCUUUUAUAACAUGCAAAUAAAAUUUUUUAAUCUGUGAA